AUGGUAAAAACAAAGAUCCACCUGUUUUCAAAUCUCACCCUGAGGGGUAUAAGCGUUAUUUCCAUACCUGAAUCAUGCAACACUGGCUCACGCUUUCAAAUUCAAAAUAUUUCAAAAUCUUCAACGGUCCUUCCAAAUCCUCUCCGUCUCCAUUCACUCUCUCAUCAAAACUCAGUAACCUUCUUCAUAUUCUAUCGCAAAAUCACUCUUCCCAAUCCAUUCGAGCCGUCAAAAUGCCGGUGUUCUCCUCCAACACCGAAUCUACCAUGUCCGCUAUUAGGUCGCGGUUUGGCUAUGGCCAAAUUCAGCACCCUGAAUUGGCUGACUCGGCCACCACUGUUAUGAAGAGCUCUGCCAGCUCUCCGGCUCUACUUCUCAAAUCAGCUAGCAGAGACAAUUCUGUAUCCGACGAUGGCGAAACCACCUCGGCUGCUGCUACACGCAAUUUCGAGUUCGGUCUCGACCCUAGCUUUUGGAAGGAGCAUAACGUUCAGGUUAUUAUCCGGUUACGGCCUUUGAGCAGCUCUGAGAUAUCUGUUCAAGGCUCUAACAGAUGUGUUAGGCAAGAUAGCUCCCAGACGAUUACGUGGACGGGACAUCCAGAGUCCCGAUUUACAUUUGACAUUGUUGCAGAUGAAAGUGUUAGCCAGGAAAUGCUGUUUAAAGUUGCUGGGGUUCCAAUGGUGGAAAAUUGCAUGCUAGGAUAUAACAGCUGUAUGUUUGCCUAUGGACAAACUGGAAGUGGCAAAACUCAUACAAUGCUGGGAGACAUUGAGGGAGGUACUCGGAGACACAGUGUUAACUGUGGGAUGACACCAAGAGUUUUUGAGUACUUGUUCUCCAGAAUUCAGAAGGAUAAAGAUGCUCGCAGGGAGGAAAAAGUAAAAUUUACUUGUAGAAUUUCUUUCAUAGAAAUCUACAACGAACAGAUUCUUGAUCUUUUGGAUCCUUCAUCUGCUAAUUUACAGAUAAGAGAGGACACUAAUAAAGGUAUCUAUGUAGAAAAUGUCACUGAGGUAGAAGUCAUGAGUGCUCGAGAUGUUAUCCAACAACUUAUUCAGGGUUCAGUCAACAGAAAGGUAGCUGCAACAAACAUGAACCAUGCUAGUAGUCGUUCUCAUAGUGUAUUCACAUGUGUCAUAGAGAGUAAGUGGGAGUCUGAGGGGGUAACUCAUCACCGCUUUGCUCGUCUUAAUCUUGUGGAUUUAGCCGGAUCUGAAAGGCAAAAGAGCUCUGGUGCAGAAGGUGAACGUUUGAAGGAAGCUACUAAUAUCAACAAGUCUCUUUCUACAUUAGGACUUGUGAUAAUGAAUCUCGUGAGCAUAUCCAAUGGGAGGUCGCCUCAUGUUCCUUACAGGGAUUCCAAGCUCACUUUUUUGCUUCAGGAUUCACUGGGGGGAAAUGCAAAAACAAUAAUCAUCGCAAACAUUAGUCCCUCUACUUGCUGCUCGCUAGAAACUUUGAGCACAUUAAAGUUUGCCCAACGCGCCAAAUUUAUAAAAAAUCAUGCUAUUGUUAAUGAAGAUGCUUCUGGUGAUGUGCUGGCUUUGAGGAUUGAAAACCAAAACCUCAAGAAAGAAGUAUCUCGUUUGAGAAGCCUAGUAAAUGGAGGAGCAGAAAGCCACGACGGAGACGCUCUAUCAAUAACAUUUCCAGGAUCUCCAGGAACCUUUAAAUGGGAUGGGCAACAAGGAUUUUCCAGUCCAAUCAUAUCACAGAAAAAGAUGUCAAAUAGAAAGGAGUAUGAAGUUGCUCUUGUCGGAGCUCUUCAGAGGGAAAAUGAUAAAGAUGCUGCGCUGCAGGCCUUGGCAGCAGAAAAUCAAGCAGCUUUGCAGCUGGCCAAACAAAGAGAAGAUGAGAUUCAAGGUCUGAAGAUGCGACUGAGAUUUCGAGAAGCUGGAAUAAAGAGACUAGAAUCCGUUGCUUCUGGAAAGAUAUCUGCUGAGACUCACUUGCUCAAAGAAAGAGAAGAGCAUUUAAAGGUAAUAGAGGUCUUGCGUGCUCAGGUAGACCGUAACCAGGAGGUAACAAGAUUUGCUAUGGAGAAUUUGCGACUGAAAGAAGAGAUCAGAAGAUUAAAAUCAUUUUGUGAGGAAGGUGAACGGGAAAGACUUAAUGAACAGAUAACGGUACUAGAAAAAGAGCUGCGAGAAGCUCUUGAUUGGAAACUUAUGCAUGAGUCGGAUUGUGGUAACAGUCAGAAAGAAAGCAGUGAAGUUUUGGGCACUCCCGGUGAUAGUAACUUUCUGACUUCCAAUCAGGAAUCUGCAUCACCUUGGCGCACAUCAAUGAGUGAAGAGAAUGAGUUCCUGCGCAUGCAGGCCAUUCAAAACCAAUCACAGAUUGAUGGACUUAACCGAAAAAUCGACUUCCUCAUCGAUGAGAAAGAAAAGUUAGAAAGGCAUGUCAAUGAGUUGGCAAAAGAGCUCGAGGCUGAGCGAUUGUCGAAAGAAGCCAUUGUAGAGGCGCAGAGACAAGAAACCAGAUUUCCUUCUCUCGUGAAUAUGGGCAUAAGUGAUCAGACAGAACUAAAAACAAUGGUUGAUGCCAUUGGAGCAGCCAGCGAAAGAGAGGCAGAAGCGCAUGAAAUGGCAAUUUUCUUGUCCAAAGAAAAUGAUGAAUUGAAGAUGAAGCUCAAGGCAUUAAUUGAUGAUAACAAUAAACUGAUUGAUAUGUAUGAAAGGGCAGUUGCGGAAAACCGUACAAAGAGCUCCGAUAGUUCUGAAAUCCCUUGGAAAGAUACCACAGAAGAUCACAGUGAUUUCGUUGCUAAAGUAGACGAGACCAAGGGAGUGGAGAUACAAAAUGAAUUUGAAAAGCUGAACUGUCAACUUACAGAAAUGCACGAAGAAAAUGAUAAGCUUUUGAGCCUGUAUGAGAAGGCUAUGCUAGAGAGAGAUGAGUUGAAAAGAGUAAUUGCUUGCGGUCAAAACAAGAAUGCAGAUGAUGAAGGAAAUAAUAGCUGUCCAGAAAAGCUGGUUGAAGUCGAUAAAGGUCAGCGUCGUCUCAGUUUUGGCGAAGCUUCUGUUUGCAUUGUGAAUGGACAUGAGCGAGAGGAAAUGAAUUCCAAUGGUCUAAAUGCAGACGAUGCCAAUACAGACGUUGCUGUAGAAUCAUGCUUGUAUGAAGUGGAAGUGCAGGACGAUCAUAACCUAUGUUCAAUAGAUUCACCAUUGCAUAAUUAUUGUGAAUCAAAUGAACCAAAUACCGAGUCAGUUGCAGGUGUUGGGAAGAAUUGUGUGACAGAACCGAUUGAGCAGAACGAUAUGGAACUAGAUGAGCCAGAGAAACAUGAAGAACAAGAAGAAAUUUCUGUGCUGCAAGGGAAUACCAGUAUGCUGGGAUUUGAGGAAUCCGACAAAUACGACCAGGGUAAUGGUUGUCCGAGCACCGGGAAUCCAACUAAAGGAACUGAUAUGGAAAUGCAGGAAUGCGUACCUAAUGCAAUCCCUAUGCAUGUGUGUGAAGAUCUGAGAUCAAUAAGUUUGAAGCUUGCUGAAGCGCGAGAAAAGCUUUCGUACUCUGCUGAAACAGUAAGCAUUUUUGGCUCAUUUGAGAGAGCAAUGAUUGAAGUUGACGCUCUUUCAGAAAAAAUCGGCAAACUGGAAUGCAGUAAACAGGCAAAAGAACAGGAGCGCCAACACCUACAAGCACUCUCUUCAAAGCUGCAUGAGAGAAAAGAACUUGCUAACAAGAAACUGUUGGCCUUGAAGCACUCUUUGACGAACUUCUCUUCUUCAUUGAGUUACUUUGAACAGCGUGAGGCUAUGGCACGAUCAAAACUGGAUGUUUCUUCCCACCAUCUGAAUCGCAGGAAAGAGGAGUUAACCAGCCUUGAGACGUCCAGGGAGGAACUAGUGAACGCUCUUUCAGAGCUGAAACAAACCGAGAAUGAACUGAGAAGCAUCACAGAAAACUUGAGACAGAAAGUGGAGGAGGAAAACCGGAAACUGGAAAGCGAGAGGGUUCUCUUUGCAAUAGACAAUGUUGAGAAACCAGCCAAUGACCUUUCUAACAGGAAUUGGCAAGUGACUGGCAAGGCCACUGCUUUGCUCAAAUCCGAGGAAGAGAAGACGAAGCUGCAAAAUCAAAUAAAACUGAACAGAGAAAAAUUGAGUGAUGUGAGGAAGGAAGGUGAGGCUAUGAACUGGAAGUUGGCCAAGAUGGAGAGCGAGAUACAGGCGCUCGAAGCUGAAGUGCAGAAAGAGAUGCUCACUGUUGAUGAAAUGACCCUCAAACUUCAAAACUCUCUUCAGGAGAAAGAAAUGCUUGUGGAGGUUAAAGAAAAUGGUAAACACGAAUUCGAAAGCAUGCUUCUUGAGUACCACCAGAGCAUUUUCGAAGCAGACAUGAAUGAAGAAGAGAUCAAAAUCGCGCAAGAGGAGCUGUUGAGGGAAUCAAGAGAAGUAGAAGGUUUGCAGAUGGCAAAAGAUGAAGUUACACGAAGGAAGACGGAGCUGGUUGAAGCUAUGUCGUGCGACACUUGCUUAGUGUCGGAUAAGGUGGAGGCAGCUCUUGACAGUUUACAAACAUCAGUUGUAGAGUUGAACUCAUUGCUUCAACAUUUUGGUUGAAUUUAAUCUGUGUGAAUUACUUUUCUCUAGAAUCUAUCGAAUUUGUGUGUAAAAAUUUUAUGUGUAUAUUCGAUGGCGAUCAGAUAAAUUUUUAGAACUUUAUUGGAAAAGGAGAUAAUUGUUGUCCA